AUGGGUUUUACAUGGGGAAUGAGACUACGUGGAGCUAGCAAGAAGAAGGUAGCUCCGGUAAUGAGUUGGUCGGAAUCGACAUCGGAGCCGGAGAUAACGAUUCCGCCGGAGUUUCAAUGCCCAAUCUCAAUCGAUCUCAUGAAAGAUCCGGUGAUAAUCUCCACAGGCAUUACCUACGAUCGCACAAGCAUCGAAAAAUGGAUCGAUUCAGGGAACAACACGUGUCCUGUCACGAACACGGUCUUGACCACAUUCGAUCAGAUCCCCAACCACACGAUACGCAAGAUGAUCCAAGGAUGGUGCGUGGAGAUUGGUUCGUCGUUGAUUGAGCGGAUCCCAACGCCACGUGUCCCUUUGAUGCCGUGUGAGGUGUACGAGAUCUGUAGAAAGUUAUCCUCUGCGACGCGGCGUGGGGAUUACGAGAAAUGCGAGGAGAUUAUUUGGAGGAUUAAGAAGUUGGGGGAAGAAUGCGAGAAAAAUAGAAAUUGUAUCAUCGAAAACGGCGUCGCUUUGGUUUUGUGUGAUUGUUUCGAGAAGUUCUCGGCUGAUGAGAAAUUAACUUCCAAAUUGGGAAAGAUUCUGUCUCUGCUAACGUGGAUGGUUCCUAUUGGGUGGGAGGGUUUAACGACACUGGCAUCUGCGUCGUCGUUUCGUUGCAUCGCGGGUUUCUUGAGGAGCAAGGACGAUACAGUCCGAGAAAACGCUGCGUUUUUGUUAAAGGAGAUUCUCUCGUUGGAAGAAACGCAAGUUCACGCGUUUGCGGAGGAGAACGGAGCCGCGGCAGCGUUUCUUGAACUGAUUCGCGAUUCGGUUUCGUCUAACGCAACGAAAUCUUCGUUGACAGCGAUUUGUCAAAUGGUUUUGCACAAGCCCCAAAUCGCGUCUGCGUUUCUUGAAAUCGGUCUCGUGAAUCAGACGGUGGAUAUGAUCAUUGAUGGUGAGAACAGCGUUUGCGAGAAAGCAUUAGCGGUUCUAGACGCGGUUGGCGAAACCAGUGAAGGGAUAGAGGAAGUGAGAAAAAACGCGUUGGUGAUGCCACUUCUGGUGAAGAAGAUUCUUAAGGUCUCUGAACAAGCGACGAGGAGCUCAGUCUCUGUGAUUUUGAAGUUGUGUAGAACAGGGAACGCGUCUGCGGUUGAAGAAGCGUUACGUUUGGGGGCGUUUCAGAAGGUGUUCUUGGUGUUACAGGUUGGGUAUGGAGAAGAGACGAAGGAGAAAGCGACAGAGUUGUUGAAGAUGAUGAACACACAGAUGAAAAUGAUGAGUGAUGAUGUUGAUUCUUCAGUGGACUUUAAGUAUCUCAAGAAGCCAUUUUGAAGUAGAUAAAUUGUAUAAAGGGAACCACAUUCUUUGCAAAUCAUAGAUUUGAUCAUAUGAAAUGAAGAAGAUGACC